UUGGUUUACAUACUAGUUGAAUAAUUCUGCAUCCGGUUGUUUCGAGCCGAAAAACAUUCAGCGACCUGAUUUAAAUUAUUUCCUUCUGGUGUUGUGUUUCAUGCAAAUGAUUUAAAUGUUGCAUUGGUUUGAAGCUCUUCUGACACUUUGUUGAAUGCUUCCAAGGACAGUCAUGUGGAUAGUAGGAUAAAUAUUGCCAAAAGACAUGAAAAUGUAACUUAUCAUGGCUGAUAAAGAACACAAAGAUCAUAAGAUCAGCAGCCAUCUUACUUCAGAGUCUGUCAAGGUCGUCUCUGAGCAAGUUGGAAUUGUGGGAUUGCCAGAUGAUGCAGCUCAGUAUCUAGCGGCAGACUGUACAUACAGGGUUAAACAAUUAGUACAGGAAGCAAUCAAAUUUUCUGGACAUAGGAAAGGACAGAAGCUGUCAACCUCUGAUUUUGAUCAGGCAUUGAGGUUAAAGAAUGUUGAGCCUCUAUAUGGAUUUCACAGUAAAGAAUUUGUACCAUUCCGUUUUGCCAGUGGAGGUGGACGAGAGCUACAUUUUACUGAGGAGAAAGAAUUAGAGUUAUCAGAUAUUAUCAACACUACACUUCCUAAAGUCCCUCUAGAUGUAGCUUUGAAAGCUCAUUGGUUAUGUAUUGAGGGUAUCCAGCCUACAAUACCAGAAAAUCCUCCUCAAGCCAGCAAGGAUCAACAGAAGAAAGAGAUAUUAGAUACCAAAGUAAAGACAGCUAUUGACAACAAACCACAGAAGCCUGUUGUUCCAGAGAAGUCUCGGCAUCGACAUAAAGCUGUUGAUUUGGUUAAAGUCAAGGAGUUAUCUACCCAUGAAUUAUCUGUGGAACAACAGCUGUAUUACAAGGAGAUAACAGAGGCUUGUGUUGGUGCUGAUGAAGGAAGGAGAUCUGAAGCUUUACAGAGUUUGUCAUCAGAUCCUGGCUUACACCAGAUGCUGCCAAGAUUCAGUACCUUUAUAUCAGAAGGGGUGAAGACCAAUGUCGUACAGAACAAUUUAGCUUUGUUGAUUUACUUGAUGAGGAUGGUCAAAUCCUUGAUGGAUAAUCAGACUUUAUACCUGGAAAAAUAUUUGCAUGAGUUUGUUCCAGCUGUUUGUACGUGUAUAGUAAGUAAACAGUUGUGUAUGAGACCUGAGGCAGAUAACCACUGGGCAUUAAGAGAUUUUGCUGCUAGACUUAUGGCACAGAUGUGCAAGAAUUUCAGCACAAAUAUCAACAAUAUUCAGUCUAGGAUUACCAAAACAUUUAGUGCUGCCAUACAGAGUGAGAAAGCUGCCUUAGCUUCACAGUAUGGUGCAGUUGCUGGUCUUGGGGAGCUUGGUGCAGAGGUUGUAAGAACAUUCCUUGUACCUAGAGUGAAGUAUGUAUCAGACAGGAUGAAGGCUACAAUGGAAGGUCUGGUUGUUAAUAAUGCUGACAAAAUAGCUGCUGAUAAUAUAAAGAAAGCUUUAUCUAAAUACCUGUCUCCAGUAUUGAAGAAUACAAUGUUACCAUCAGUAACUGUUGAGGAGUAUAUACAAGAGUUUGGAUAUCUUGGUCCACAUAUUCACCAGUCAGUUGAAAGGGAGAGAAGAACACCUCAAAUAUCCCCUCAAUCACAACACUCAAGGUCCAUGGUAGGCAUAGCUCAGCCUCCUCGACCACAGCUAAACCUCAGUCAGGCCAGACCACAAAUCAUUUUACAGCAGCCAGGAUCAGCAGGUCCUACUAUGACACAUCAAUCACCAUUUCCACGAACACCUGGCAUAGGAUCUCAACCCAAAUUCAUUGUCAUGUCAUCACAGCCACGGGCAACACAUACACCAGGUCAACCCAUCAGCAUGUCACCUCAGAUACGACAGUCUCUGCCAUCAUCAUUAGGAAACACGCCAACUAUCGUUAAAGUUGUCUCAUCAUCAAACCCAGGGUCUUUACCAAGGACUCAAAGUGUCAUACCAAGAACACCAACUCAGAAAAUAGUAGUAGUCUCUCUACCGUCAGGGACAGGGCCCAGUAUAGGGACUGGUACUUCAGAUUUGUCUACUGUAUCAUCAGCCAUGGACUUAGGCAUGAAAAGUGUGUUCAGUGAACAAGCAGCACAAUCAAACAUUAAACCAGAACCUGACAAUGGUUGAACAUUAACGUAGACACAUUUGAUAUGCUGUAAACAAACUUUUUAAGAAUAUUCAACACAUCAAUCAUGAUCAAUUUAUAGAUUUUUGUAUAUAUAGGUUAUAGAAUACAAUUGUAUAGAUAUUUAUGUAUAUUAAGAUGGAAAAUUGUUAAAAGUAUAAGGAAGAUAUUCCGUUAUGUAAAAUAGGGCUGCAAAUUGUGAAAUUGUGUAACAUGGUUACUGUUCAAGAUAGCUUUUACAAACAAAAUAGGUAUAGAUGAAAAAAGUUCAUAAAGUCAUUCAAAAAGUCAACACAUUUUAAUACUUCAUUGUUUCAUAGUUGUGCAGUACAGUGGUGUAAACAAUAUAUCAAUAAAGGUAUAUUAUUAAGCAUUGCUGAAAU